CAGGGCGGGGGGGUCCGGGGCGGCUCUGCUAAUGCUGCGGCGGCCGCAGUAGGGGCUGGAGUGGGCUGCAGGGUUAAAAUUCCACUCCUGGUUUGACCGACACUUGCCUUGCAUCAUGGGGGAGCUUUUCCGAAGUGAGGAGAUGACCCUGGCCCAGCUUUUCCUCCAGUCGGAAGCUGCAUACUGUUGUGUCAGCGAGUUAGGAGAGCUUGGGAAGGUUCAGUUCCGUGAUUUGAACCCUGAUGUGAAUGUGUUCCAGCGUAAAUUUGUUAACGAAGUCAGGAGAUGUGAGGAGAUGGACCGGAAACUCAGGUUUGUUGAGAAGGAGAUUAAAAAAGCGAACAUCCCAAUCCUGGACACCGGUGAGAACCCGGAGGUGCCUUUCCCACGUGACAUGAUCGAUUUAGAGGCAAACUUUGAGAAAAUUGAAAAUGAGCUUAAAGAAAUCAACACAAACCAGGAAGCUCUGAAGAGAAACUUCCUAGAGCUGACCGAAUUAAAAUGUAUACUGCGCAAAACUCAGCAGUUUUUUGAUGAGGCUGAAUUGCAUCAUCAGCAGAUGGCGGAUCCAGACCUGCUGGAGGAAUCCUCUUCGCUCCUGGAGCCAAGUGAGAUCGGAAGAGCUGCCCCUCUGCGACUUGGAUUUGUGGCUGGCGUGAUCAACCGUGAGCGAAUCCCUACCUUUGAGCGCAUGUUGUGGCGAGUGUGUCGAGGAAACGUGUUCCUGCGUCAGGCUGAAAUCGAAAUCCCUCUGGAGGAUCCUGUGACGGGAGACUACGUGCACAAGUCUGUGUUUAUUAUUUUUUUCCAAGGUGAUCAGCUAAAAAAUAGAGUCAAGAAAAUCUGUGAAGGGUUCCGUGCCUCCCUCUACCCUUGCCCAGAGACACCGCAGGAGAGGAAGGAAAUGGCUUCUGGAGUCAAUACCAGGAUUGAUGAUCUUCAAAUGGUGCUGAACCAAACGGAGGAUCAUCGCCAGCGGGUCCUGCAGGCAGCUGCUAAAAAUAUCCGUGUCUGGUUCAUCAAAGUGCGGAAGAUGAAGGCUAUCUACCAUACCCUGAACCUGUGUAACAUUGACGUGACCCAGAAGUGUUUGAUUGCUGAAGUCUGGUGCCCUGUCGCUGACCUCGAUUCCAUCCAGUUUGCUCUCAGAAGAGGCACCGAGCACAGCGGAUCCACUGUUCCAUCCAUCCUGAAUAGGAUGCAAACCAAUCAGACCCCGCCAACUUACAACAAAACCAACAAGUUCACUUCUGGCUUUCAGAAUAUAGUAGACGCAUAUGGCAUUGGAACUUACCGGGAGAUAAAUCCAGCUCCGUACACAAUUAUCACUUUCCCAUUCCUGUUUGCUGUGAUGUUUGGAGACUUUGGCCAUGGAAUCCUGAUGACGUUAAUUGCCGUGUGGAUGGUGGUUAGGGAAAGUCGCAUUCUGUCACAGAAGAAUGACAAUGAGAUGUUCAACACCAUUUUUACUGGUCGGUACAUCAUUCUGCUAAUGGGAGUGUUCUCCAUGUACACCGGCCUUAUCUACAAUGACUGCUUCUCCAAAGCACUUAAUAUGUUUGGCUCAUCGUGGAGCGUCCGGCCGAUGUUCACGAAAGGCAACUGGACAGAAGAGUUGCUUCAGAACACCGCUGUCCUGCAGCUGGAUCCUGCCGUGGCAGGGGUCUUUGGUGGACCGUAUCCGUUUGGCAUCGACCCGAUUUGGAAUAUUGCCAGCAACAAGCUGAACUUCCUCAACUCCUUUAAGAUGAAGAUGUCUGUGAUUCUUGGCAUCAUCCACAUGCUUUUUGGUGUCACACUGAGCCUUCUCAACCACAUCUAUUUCAAGAAACCACUGAACAUCUAUCUUGGGUUUAUUCCUGAAAUGAUUUUCAUGUCGUCAUUGUUUGGCUACCUUGUUAUCCUAAUUUUCUACAAGUGGUCGGCCUAUGAUGCUCACUCUUCAAAGGAUGCACCAAGCCUUCUAAUCCAUUUUAUCAACAUGUUUCUUUUCUCCUAUGCCGAUCCCAGUAUCAAGAUGCUUUAUAAAGGACAGAUAGGGCUUCAGUGCUUCCUGGUGGUUGUUGCGCUGCUGUGUGUGCCAUGGAUGCUGGUAGUUAAACCCUUGGUCCUUCGCCAUCAAUAUUUAAGGAGAAAGCAUUUGGGAACUCACAACUUCGGUGGGAUCCGGGUGGGCAAUGGACCAACUGAAGAGGAUGCAGAGAUCAUCCAGCAUGACCAGCUUUCUACCCAUUCUGAAGAUGGGGAUGAGUUUGAUUUUGGGGAUACGGUGGUACAUCAGGCCAUCCAUACCAUUGAGUAUUGCCUGGGGUGCAUUUCCAACACCGCGUCCUACCUGCGGCUUUGGGCUCUCAGCCUGGCCCAUGCACAGCUUUCCGAGGUGCUCUGGACCAUGGUGAUCCACAUCGGCCUCAGUGUGAGAAGUUUGGCUGGAGGUUUUGCUUUGUUCUUCGUAUUUGCUGCUUUCGCUACCUUGACCGUGGCAAUCCUUCUGAUCAUGGAGGGCCUGUCGGCUUUCCUUCAUGCGCUCCGUUUGCACUGGGUUGAGUUCCAGAAUAAGUUCUACAUUGGCACUGGAUUCAAGUUCCUCCCGUUCUCGUUUGACAACAUCCGUGAAGGAAAAUUGGACGAUUAGAGCCCCCCUCAGCCUGAGCAGUGUUAGACUCGAACCGCUGGUGUGUUGUGCUGUGGUUAGCCCUUGUCCCCUGUGUGUUUGUGUUGUGAAGUUGUGUGUAGCUCCCCUGCCAUGAUGUGCUGCUUCUGAGAAAAUAACUUCUAUUGCAGCUGCCCGAAGUAUCUGUCUGAGGCUGUUAAGUGGAGAGCUGUGACGUCACUGUAGCAAGCUUAGCUGACAUCGCUUCAGAGUCACUGCUUUCCGCCCUGAGCAAACAGCUUGUUUAGUGCUGUACGUGUUUACAGGGGGGGUUGGAUAGGAAGUGUCUGGACUUGGUGUAUUUAAUCAUGUAUCGAUUUAUGAUAUUGUACAGUAAUUAGCUCCUUGGCAGAGUCCCGUAAAGCACUGUGGGGAAAAUACAGCCUCCUAUUGCAUUAGGAACAGGACGUGCAAACUUCGGCCUGCCCGUAGCCCAGCUAAUCUGAGAGGGAAGCAUUUAGAGGGAAGAGUCUGAUGUCUUUGCCGCCUCUGUUUAAACAAACUGAGAUCCACUGAUGCACAGAGGGGUCUUGGGGAAAGCUGGGGCCAUGUGCAACCCAGAGCAGUCCCUCUUGCUUCCACAUGUGCAGCGUUCUUACUGUGCGUGAGCGAUCUGUUCUCGCGGAUCGUGAAUGGUGCUUUCUUCACACCAUACUGCUGGGUGCAUCCUAGCUCAGGGAGCCGGGGGCAACAGAGCACACUCCCGUCCCCCGGCUGUUGUCAAUUCACUGUAGCCUCCUGCAGUUGCCGUUUCUAGCCUGCAGCAUUCCUGCCCGCUGCCUGGGGCUGGGGAAGCUGGGCAAAUGGGUUCUGACACGCUUCGCGGAAGGGUCCACUCUCACUUUCCAGCCCUGCCUGUACUCUCAGCCCGGGGAGUCGGGUCUCUUGUUUCCUCAGCAAUGUCCCAGUGUUUCUCAAACUCGACACAGGCAUGUGCCCACCACGGUCUGCACCUAACUUACCUAAACCAGCACCCAUGCUCAACUGUAACCUGGGGAGCCUGCCAGCAAGGACCGGCUUACCCUGGCACAGCCCGACCCUGCAGCCUGCUCGUCUGUGUUGUCAUGGGGGCUGCAGUUUGUCUGCCCUGCUGUCUGCGCAAAGAGAACGUACCUGCUUCCCCGUAACUCUCCAAAAGCCCAGGCAUGCAAGCCAAACAAACCCAGGGCUGGUGCAGUGGGGCAGGGAGUGUUUUCUGUUUCCUCUCUGGGACUGGGGUCAGUCAGUGCUGUUUGGGCUGCUGGCGAAGUGGAGAACCCGGCAGGGUCCUUGGGCUAUUCAGUUCCCUCAAGGGCCGAACGCUGGGCUUCCACAAAAUUCCCAGCUCCGGCUGACCUAGAGAGCCAGGCCCUGGAUUCAGAGACCUUGUGACUAGAUCAGUGCCAGAGUCCUGCUUGAACUGGUGAUGGUCUGUGUGGUGUGGGAGGGCCGGGCAGAUGUCAGUGAUGUCAGUCCAUAAUGGACCGGAGUGGUGGAAGCAGGACAUCCUGGGCAUUUGUUUGGUCCCUACUGGAGCUGCAGGCUAUAGUCAUGAAGGUGUUUCUCUCCCUUCUCUGUCACACAUGUACGUGUGCACAGAUAACUGCAUCUGCUGCCAUGGAACCUGUCUCAUUUCUUCUGGUCUCAGAGGCUCCAUUGCGAUUGUCUGUAUCUCUCCAUCUGCCAACGCUGGCCUAUUCUUAGCAAUCAUGCAACCAAGGAGAGUGAACUCUUGGCAUUUUGUUCCGAAAAGUCUGUUGUUCAUCAGUGCCGCCCCUCUGGGGCUGGGCUGUAUGAUGCUGUCGCUGGGACUUGGACACCAAGUGCAGGGGCGGCUGGUAAUGUUACCAAACCCACAUGAAACUCCACAUUCUUCCCCUCCCAGUGGAGUGGAGGGGAGUGGUAGGAGCCGCUCUGCGGGACAUGGGCAUUGCGUUCCCUGCCGGCUUGGUGGGGCUGAAGGACGGGCUCCGGGCUGCCAGGACGUCAGAUGUGCACCUUUGACUAUUGCGUAAUGAAGUUAGUAAAAUCCGAUAUUCCAGGGACUCUGAGGGUUGGUCAUGCUAAGUAACUCCCACACACUUGGACAUCCGAUCAAGCGUUAGAUGGCAGAUAAUUGCCCCAGAGAACCUCCCAGGCACGGCCGCACUUGUCCUGUCCAAAGUCACCUUGUGAAGGGGGCAAAGGCUGGGACUCAUUGCAAUGGCCUCUGUGGGAACAGGGUUUAAGGGUCACUCGGAGGGCAGCAGGUGCCUGUUCCCCUUGUGCGGGGUGUGAAUAGUCACUUCCCUGUUGGAAAUAGCCUCAGGGGUGGUGAUGUGUGUUUAAGCCCUCUGUGUUGCACAGCCUGCUGUAACAGAUGCACUGUAUGGGGGGGUGGGGGCGGGGGUGGGAUAGAUACUAAUGAAACCAUGACUGGAAUCAUUUAGAACUGGCCAUCCAAUGGGAAAAUGCCAUGAAAUGCAGGAUUCACCGAAGUGGUGUGAGAAUUAAAAGGAUCAACCGGAAUGUCUGAGCGAGGCUGGGUGGGGCAGACAGGUCCAGCCGGGUGUUUCUAGCCACAGCCUGUGUAACUAUCCCGGUGUGGGAGGCGCACAGGGAUUUGCGGUAAUUGAGCCGGAUUCUGUUUACAUGUUGUUUUUACUGUGUGUUUACAAUCCUGUUUUGUGCGCAGUGCAAGGUGAAAUGAAGUCUGAUCUGCAGCCGAAGCCGUAACACUAACUACCCUGCUGGCUUUGUCGUGACUCACCCUACACAUUACAUUGCUGGA